GAAUUUUUCUAGGAAGCAUAUCUGGCAACCCUGAGAAAACAAAAAAACAAAAAAACAACCAACUCCUAGCAAGUGCGCGCGCCUCCAACAACAACCUCCAUUCAUGAAUACCGAGGUGACCGUGUUGUAUUUUGCAAAAAGUGCCGAAUUAACGGGAGUGAAAUCGGAGAUCCUCAGAGUGAAAUCAGAGCUCACGAGCCUGCAGCUGUGGCAGCAGCUGGAGCACAAACACCCAAAGCUCUCGGCUGUACGUGAGCAGGUGGUUUUGGCCGUGAGGAGAGAGUACGUGGCUGUGGGCGAGCAGGUUGUGCGUCUGCAGCACGGAGACGAGGUGGCUGUGAUCCCGCCGCUCAGCGGAGGCUAAACACACAUCACAG